UCAUUAAUACGAAAGUUGUAUGUUAAAUCUAAAACUUUGCUCAAAUUUUAUGGACUUAAAUAGAUUUACUUUCUUGGUUAGCUCUUAUGUUUGUUUUAUAGAAGUAAACAUGAAACAGUAUGUUUGUAGAGUUAACAUCAAAAAGUGUGAAAUUUAAGUCAAAAUUAGGAUACUUUUUUUAAAUGACGUGGAGGAAAGACAUACAUGUAAUUUGUCAUUAUCUUGGAAUUAAUCGUGACUAGUGAUGCACUUGAAUGCUACUAGAGUUAGCCGCUCGGGAAUAAUAAUUCUAUAAAUGAUCUCUGUGAUAAAAUAUUAAUGAAUUCAGUUAAAACAGAAGUUUUCAUUUGAUAAAGUGGUUUUUUGAAUCAAUUUAGUUAUUGAGUUUGCUAUAUAUAGGCUCAUGUUGGUCAUGAAGAAGAAUUAGUUACCAGAAUAUGUAAAGCUAUCUGUUGAUGAUUAUGACGUAAUUUAUUUCUAGAGUGAAUUAUUGUUAAUUCCAGGAAAAAAAUGGAGUACGAUUUCAAAAUAUUAUUGAUGAAAGUAUUUGUUUACAUUUUGUGAUGAAGCGAAGAUUUUCUGACUAUGAAGGAAUUGACUGGUCACCAGUUUUCAUUCAAACAAUUUUGUUGACCAAUAAAAGGAUUAUAUUUUGUAUUUUGUAAAUAAAGAUAAGCACAUCUGUGCAUUAUCUAAUGGAUUAACUGGGAAACCUCCGUGAUAUAAUCUCAACAUGUCACAACAUUAUCCAGUGGAUUAACUGGCAAACCUCCAAAAUGAUCUUGACAUGUGGCAAUAAUUGCUUUGGCCAUUUGUCAAUUGUUGGACAGUUGUGGAAAUAUUAAAAACUGCAAUAAAAGAUGUGCCAAAGUUAUCUUAGGAACUAGCAUAUUUAUUCACCAGAAUUUCAAUAUGACAAGGACUUUCGAGUAUAUGCCAAUACCCUCCGAGGCUGUUGCGUUCCUUGGUGCUGUUGCAGGAUUUCUCCUCGUGUUGCUCAUAUUCUUCCUUUACCUAAACAAGCAGCUGUGUUUCUCCUCAUGUGGCGGGUUCCCAUGUGUUGAUCAACCGCCUCGGAAAAAGGAGUCCCGGACCAAAGCACUUGGAGCCUCAUAUGCAUACAAUGAUGAUGACACGUCUAGUGACAGUGACGAUGAGGUUUUAAAGCGAUUUAAGUCGUCACAAGAGGCGACAAUCAAGCGCUCCUCCAGUCGGUACAGCCAUAAAGCGGCUGACAGCCCAACACAUGUACCUCACUCGCCUGGUAGACACCCGGUUAAUAGAAAUGGGUCCUUAGAUAAGUCAAGUCCAGUGCAUAGAGACAGAAUGACAAUAGACAAUGAGACAGCAGCCCCUCCUGCAGCCCCUUUUCAGAGGUCUUCCAAACCAUCAACCCCCACUACCCCAAUAUCUCAAACAGGGCCUCGUGUGGGGAAACUUAUUGAUAUGGAUUCCCCCAAAAGGGCCUCUAUACCUUCCUCCCCAGCUUCCAGUAAGGCUACCAGUGGGGACAGUGGGAUGGUAAUUCUCCAUGGGGACCCCAGCAGUGACAAACAGGUGCUCACACAGGGGGAGGAGUCAGGAACAGGUACUGGUUCCACCCCAGGGGCUGAGUCAUUGGCAGGUCAGGGGUCAGUGGUUUCCAUGACAACGUCCGUGACAACAGGCUCAGCCAACACACCAGAGGGGGCACAGACGUUUAACAACCAGGCAUAUGAUGGCACCUCUGUACAGGAGAGUGAACAGAAUACUGACGAGCACCUGUUUGACGUCAGCGAUCUACAAAAUGAUAUUCCACUCAUAUCCAAAUGCGGAAGUAUAGAGGUCACUUUCAGCUACAUUUCCCGUAAAGGUCGAAUGGAGGUCACCAUUCACCAAGCACAGGAAAUUCCCGCCAAGGAACGGGGAGGGGCCAAUAAUACUCAGGUUCGACUUCUUCUACUGCCGACAAAGAAACAGCGGCAUAAAACGAAAGUGAAACAGGGUGAUAACCCAGGAUAUGAGGAAACAUUUGUGUUCAACAAAAUAUCAGAAGAGGAUGUGUCAAGCUUUGGUGUACGAUUCCGUCUAUACGGGGUGGAGCGUAUGCGACGAGAGCGAAUGAUCGGGGAGAGCAUUAUUGGUUUUGCAUCUCUCAAUCUCGACCAACCUUCCACACACUGGGUCAUUCUCGAACCUCGCAGCAAUCUCAGCCAAGGAGAUUCUAACGCUGAUGUUGCGAGUCUGUCUCGAAGUGAUGCCUCCUCCACCCAGUCACUACAACAUGGGGGCAUGCCGGAACUUCUGCUUGGCCUUGCGUAUAACGGCACGACGGGGCGACUAUCUGUCGAGGUGAUUAAGGGCAGUUACUUUAGGAAUAUGGCCAUGAAUAGGCCUCCAGACACCUACGUAAAGUUGACGCUAAUAGCUCCUAAUGGAAAGGAGGUCGCCCACAGCAAAACGUCAGUACGUCGAGGACAGCCAAACCCACUGUUUAAGGAAACGUUCAUGUUCCAAGUGGCAUUGUUUCAGCUUGCCGAUGUCACACUUAUGGUCUCGGUGUAUAACAAGAAAUCUAUGAAGAAGAAGGAAAUGAUUGGCUGGUUUGCUCUAGGCUUGAACAGCUCAGGAGACGAAGAAAGUUCCCACUGGACGGACAUGAGAGAAAGCAAGGGAGAUCAGAUAUGUCGCUGGCAUGUGUUGCUGGAGUCCUAGUGAUCACUUCCCUUUGCCAAGGGUUGGAGAUUAUCUGCUCAUUUGAUGCUUGAGUCCUUGUGGUUACCUCCCUUUUCGAAGGGAGAUUGGGUCUUAUUGAUUAUCUCCCGUAACCAAGGAAAAUACUUGCCUUUGGGCUGAAAAACCUUAGUUGGUUUACCGGUAAAUUUACCUGAAUUACCGGUACACUGAUGUUCCAGAGCAGAGUUGUAGCAACUGUUGUUGAAGAGCUCUUUAAUAACGCUCAAGGCCAAGAAUCAUUAGUGAAAGUAGAAAUUAUCACAUUAAAAAAAUAUGUGAACAAGGAUUACCCUGCUUGAAGUUUAUACUCUCACCAGACAGCAAAUUCUGUUUUAUAAAAUGAGCUGGAAUCUUUUUUUUUCACUCAUUUAAAAAGUAAAUAUUGUCUUUGAAAGUAGUCUGUGCCAUUGACAAGGUUAAAAAAUGAUCUGCAGCCAAUUAUAAAAUUGGUUAAUUCUUUGGUUAGAAUAAAUUUAGCCAAGUUAUUAAUAGAUUGGUCAAUAGUUAUCCAAAAUGUUUAUUUUUAAAUGUUUAAAUAUGGGAAUAAGCCAAAAGUUAACCUAUGGACAACUUCUUGAUCUUAUACAAUUGUGUACAGGUGUGUGAGUAAUUAAGUGACGAUAAUACCAUUGCUUCCAACCUCACAUGUUGAAACUUGAUCUACAUCUAGAUUGUGAAUAUUACUGAAAGUGCUUCUGUGACAGGAAUCACUGAAAUAACUUUUGUGACAGGAAUCACUGAAAGAACUUUUGUGACAGGAAUCACUGAAAGAACUUAUGUGACUGGAAUCACUGAAAGAACUUCUGUGACGGGAAUCGCUGAAAGAACUUUUGUGACAGGAAUCACUGAAUGAACUUCUUUGACAGGAAUCCCUGAAAGAACUUCUGCGACUGGAAUCACUGAAAUAACUUCUGUGACUGGAAUCACUGAAAUAACUUCUGUGACAGGAAUCACUGAAAUAAUUUUGUGACAGGAAUCACUGAAAUAAUUUUGUGACAGGGAUCACGGAAUGGACUUCAGUCACAGGAAUCACAGAAAAGAAUUCAGUGACAUAACUUUUUCAUUGCUUUUAUUUGCAGAGAAAAAAUGACCAAGUGCAUUUGUAAAUGUGCAUUUGUUACUGUAUGUGUUAUAGUCAGUAGGCUUAAAAAAUGACUUUGGCUAAACACUACAUUGUAGUUUUCCUUUUAUAUAUACAUGUACAUGUAUGUAGUAUUUGAGGGGGCAAUAUACAUGUAUAUUUAGUUACCCUUUACUGAUAAGGGGCCGUAAACAUCAAGCAACUUCAGUUAUUUAAUGGAAUAAUGCCUUUUCUCCAUGUUGAAUUUUAGAAACAAACAAUGUUAAUAUAUAUACUAAAAAUGUAAAAUUAAGCUUUAUUCAUAAUUGCUUAUGCAUAUAUUUUGUGAAAAGUAGAGUUUACAUGAAAUGAUCCCACUCAAAAAUUUGGAAUUUUUCACUAUGUUAAAAAUAUCACACUUAAAAAGUUACUUGGUGAAUAUUUCCCCAAAUAACCAUUAUACACUACACUGAUAUGUUAUAAUAAUUGUUAUUUAUUCAAAGUUUAUCAUUAUGCUGCACAGUGUCACAUAUUGUUGAUUUUGUCAUCUAUGAUAUGUAUACAUGUGAAUGUCUCGUAUAUGUUUAGAAGGUUUAGUUUGUUAAUAAUUUGUGUCGCAUCUGGCUAUUUGGUGUUUUCUGGACAAAUUGGACAUUUUCAGCUUGCCUCUUUUCUGAACGUUGUCAUGACCUUGUUGUCGUAGUCUGCUCAAAAACCUUAACCAUGGCCAUAACUCAAAAGCUGAAAUGAAACUUGGUACACAUGCUACCAGAGACAAUAGGCACAGCAUGGUCCAUAACUGUGGCAUUAAUAAUUGUUGAAUUAUUCCCCCUUUUUGAAUGAAUUAAACAGAUGAGAGUUGGUGUCUGCUCUGCAGCGCUCUUGUUAACGAAGAGAAAAGAAAAGAGAAGAUAUUAAAUCGAAUCAUUACUGCCACUAGAUAUGUGAAUAAGAUAAUGCAUUUUAUUAUUAGUUUUUUCACUUAUGUGUAUAUGAAAUAAAUUAACUUAAAGCGUUUAUUUCACACAAUUAAAACAUAUGAUUGAGACAGUCUUUCAAUGUGUUUUUCUCAUCUGAUGUAUUACAUUUAAUAUAAGCAAAUCAAAUUCUGAACUGGGAAAGAUUGUAUGACUGAGGGUUGUGUUUAUUUUUGUACCUGCACCAUUUUAUGUCCCAGACAUAAAAUCUUUCAGAAGAAAAAUAAACGCGUAACCAGCCUCCAUAAGAUUGCCCAUAAAUAGGAAAAAAAAUGCUACUAGCAUAAAAUAUUAUUAUUUUAAUUGAAAAACAUACCUUCACAUUACAAAAAUUUGACUUCAUUUCCAAAAUCCACAAAAGACCAAAUUGCCAUAUGCGGCUCACGUAUAUUAAAUGUUCAUGUUGUUGUGAAGUUUUGGUGACCAAGGGUAUAUGUCAAACAUUCCACAUCUUUUUAAACAAUAAACAUACACAUUUGUUUUAUUGAGCAUUGUUUUGGAGCAGAGGUGACUUCAAUAACAUGCCCUUAUAUACUUAUAUUGAUUGCGUAAGUUUCCUAUCAUUUUAUUUGUUCAUACACUGCUAACUAAAGACAAAACCUGUAUUCAUAUAUUUUAUGCUAUUAGUGUCAUAAUUGGCCUGUUCAUUAUUGAUCUAUUAGCAUGUUUAAUCGGGUGUUUCCACCUAUUCAUAAAGCAAGUCCCGGCUUGGGUUAUUUUUACAUUGGAAGUGGUUUUGAAUUCAUCUUAAAUUUCUUAGAUUAUAUUACAAGGUACAGUGCUUUGAAAAUAGUGACAUUUUCAAGACAUUAUAAGUUACGAGGUUAGUUGGUGACCCGAUAUUGCAUACACAGGGCAAAGGAAACCACAUCCUUUAUUAAUAUGCUUUCAUGCGCCCCUUAUAUCCCAUAUCAUGUCACCUAGUAACCCCGUAAAGUAUAUAUCACAUCCACAACCUGUUUGCAUGUUUAAAUAUUUCAUUUACUAAUCGGAAUUGGAAAAUAGACACCAUUUUGGGACAUUAUAAAUUUGAUGACCCAAUAUGGAAAAAUAUUGUGUCGCCUCGUGACCAGUCCUGGACCAAUGGCGAUGCGUCAUUAAUGUAGGAUGUGUGAUAUAUAUUCAUAAACUUUUUACCCUCUUAAAUGAUUUAUUUCGCACAUCUGGUGGUCAUAAGUUAUUGCAAUGUGUUCUGUUAUACCUACCUAUUUAUUGAAUUGAUGAUUGAAUUGAACCAUGAGAAAUGCUUGAAUGUUAACAUGAAGAUCGUUAUAAUGAGUUAUUAAAAUAAGAAUAUCA